AUACACAUCCACCAUAUAUGUAUGCAUAAUAUUUAGUGUGUGUAUAUAUAGCUAGACCCAAAAUCAAAAUACUAGAGAGAGUAAACAAACAAGGCGUGUCUUGAGAGACAGAGGAGCAGAGUGUGAUAUUCUAGAGAGAGAAACAGUGAUUUUCAUCCUAGAGAGAGAGAACAAGUUCAUUUACAUACAAAUAUUCAUAUGGCCUGGCCUUCUUAUUUGGAUGAAUAUGAAAAGCUUGUCAUCAGAAUGACCACACCCAGGGUCAUUGUUGAUAAUGCUGGUUGUUCCAACGCUACACGCGUUAUGAUUGACAGUGCUAGAAAACAUGGGAUUCUUCUAGAGGCAGUUCAGGUUUUAACGGAUUUCAACUUGUCGAUUAAAAAGGCGUAUGUUUCGUCUGAUGGAAGAUGGUUCAUGGAUGUUUUUCAUGUUACUGAUCUGGAUGGUAAAAAGUUAACUGAUGAAGGUGUCAUUAGCCACAUUGAAAAGUCUCUUGGUACAGUUCAUCAAUUGCAGACACCAUCAAAGUGUGUUGAUGGUUUGACAGCAUUGGAAUUGACAGGAAAUGAUAGAGUUGGUUUACUUUCAGAGGUUUUUGCCGUAUUGUCUGAUUUGCAAGUUAACGUGGUUGAGUCUAAGGUGUGGACACAUAAUGGCCGAAUUGCAUCUCUCAUCUAUGUUAAGGAUUGUGAGUCAGGGUACCCAAUUGAGGAUAAGCAAAAAAUUGACAGAAUUGUGACACGGUUGAGGAAUGUUCUUGAAGGGGAUAAUGAUAUUAGAAGUGCUAAAACUGUGGUUUCUUUAGCGGUUACUCAUACAGAGAGAAGGCUUCACCAAAUGAUGUUUGCUGACCGUGAUUAUGAAAGAAGGCCAAUAAUCAGGACUAAUGGUGAUUCCCCUAUUGUAUCUGUUCAAAAUUGUUCAGAGCGUGGCUACUCUGGUAUAAAUAUUCAUUGCAAGGAUAGAGCCAAGCUUCUAUUUGAUGUUGUGUGCACUUUGACUGACAUGGAGUAUGUUGUCUUCCAUGCAACUGUCAAGACAGCAUUCGACCGAGCAAAUAUGGAGUUCUUCAUUAGACAUAUAGAUGGUAACCCUAUUAGUUCAGAAGCGGAAAAGCAACGUGUAAUUCUCUGUUUACGAGCUGCAAUUGAGAGAAGGGCAUCUGAGGGACUGCAAUUGGAGCUAUUGGCAGAUGACAAGGCAGGACUACUAGCAGAUGUGAUGCGAACCUUUCGUGAAAAUAGUCUUAAUGUGACUAGGGCUGAGAUAGCCACUACAUUGGACACUGCUCAGAAUGUAUUCUAUGUGACCGAUGCUGUUGGCAAUCCAGUGGAUGCAAAAACCAUUGAAGCCGUUAGACGCGAAAUUGGAUUCGACAAGUUGAGAGUGAAGGAACUUCCACUGACAUAUAAUGAGAAGGGAGAAAGGGAUGAUGAAGCCGCAGCAGGUGUUGGUGGGGCAGUUUUGGAAUCACUUGGAAGUUUAGUGAAAAGGAAUCUAUACAAUUUGGGAUUGAUAGGAUCUUAUUCUUGAAUGGAGGACAAGACAGGGUGUAAAGAAUGCACAUACUUAGCUUCAAGGUUGGACCAUGGGCAUGGGUACAUCUGUACAUAUUACAGGUAGCUAUUUUAUUUUGUUGGGUUUGGCCAGUAGUUUAAUAGGUAGGGAUAUACAUGGUACAAAGAUAGACUUAGAUUAUAUUGGUUGGAUGUGAAGAAAUUAAAAUGGUGGAUGGAAAGUAGGGAGAAUGGUAUCGAGAUACCGUAGGUAUUGGCAAAUAUUUAAUUGCAGCUUGUAUAUAUUCAAUUAGCCAAUUUUAGCAUUCCUUCUCUUCUUGAUCC